GUGAGCGGCGGCAGCGGCCGGAGCGCGGUGAGGCGGCCGCGGAGCUCGGAGGCGGCCGCAGCGCAGGGCGUGGCCUGAUGGAGGAGGAGGAAAAGCCCCAAAUGUACCUCAUGAAGAGGGGCAGCAAACCCUGCCCAGGGAGCUCUGGGGAGGAAAGAGCCCCUGUGAGCAAGGAAUGCAUCCUGCGACCCAACCAGAGCUCAGAGCUGGAGAAGCCUCAUGUCAGGAAGAAGCCACACAGAUGCUUGGAAUGUGGGAAGUGUUUCAGCUGGAGCCCCACCCUGUGGCAGCACCAGGUGAUCCACACUGGGGAGAAGCCCUUUGAGUGUGAGGAGUGUGGGAGGAGUUUCAGCCACAACUCCGUCCUGAUCCAGCACCAGAGGAUCUCCACUGGGGAGAAGCCCUUUGAGUGUGAGGAAUGUGGGAAGAGCUUCAGGCAGAGGGGCCAACUGAUACCACACCAGGUGAUCCACACUGGGGAGAGGCCCUUUGAGUGUGGGGAAUGUGGGAAGAGCUUCAGAGGAAGCUCGGCCCUGAUUUGGCACCAGGUGAUCCACACGGGGGAACAGCCCUACAGCUGCUUGGAAUGUGGGAAGAGCUAUGGGUGGAACUCUGACCUGAGAAAACACCAGCGCACCCACACUGGGGAGAGGCCCUACGAGUGUCCUGAGUGUGGGAAGAGGUUUCACAGGAGCUGCGAUCUCCUCAAACAUGAGCGGAUUCACACAGAGGAGAGGCCCUUCCGCUGCCCCGACUGUGGGAAGGGCUUCAAGCAAAACUGCAAACUCACCAUCCACCGGCACAUCCACACCGGGGAGAGACCCUACGAGUGUUGGGAGUGUGGGAUGAGAUUCUCACAGAGCUCUCACUUGACAGAACACCAAUGGAGGCGCCACUGAGGGAAGCCCUGCGAGUGCCCCAAGUGUGGGAGAAGCUUUGUGUGCUUCUCCAGCUCCAUCCGCCAUGAGAGGAUCCACGUUGGUUGAUCCCCAACAAUGGUGUUGGGCAGAGCCCUGGUGAUCCAUGGUCCUGCUGAUCUGUGUUGGGAAGGCACCUGGCUUGGAGGCUUCACAUCUUCCUGGUUCCCUGUGGGCAGCUAGAUAAAUGCAGCAGCAGGAACAUCCAUUGGGACACAGACCAACAAUGGGAAUUCCUUGGGGAGAGCAGAUUUGUCGACUCUCAACCCCAUAAAAUCUUUUGCGUUCAAUCCUAUCUUCUGCUGACAUCAGGGAGUACUGAAUGGUGUUGAAGUUAUGUUCAGGGUGAACUAUAUGAUGCUUGUUAGCUAGCUGAGGCAAAGAAGUUCCCUGGACUGUGGGGUUUUUCCCUUUUCUUUGAACCUGUUUAAACCUGCUCUGGCCUGAACACCCAGGGGAGCACUGGCAGCUCACACCUGUGGCCCACCAGGCCGGGCCUGGGCCGUUGCAUUUCCAGCACCAGAGGGACUGAUAAGAGACUGAGUGAGCCAAGCUACAGCCCAUGGAGGAACUUUGUGAGUUUGUCUCU